GUUUCGGCAACGCCCUGAUCGAAGCCUUCUACUACCGCAAGCCGGUGCUGGUGAACCGCUACUCGAUCUUCGUAUCGGACAUCGAGCCCAAGGGCUUCAAAGUCAUCACGAUGAACGGCUACAUGACCCGCGAUGUGGUCCAGAAGGUCCGCGCCGUGAUCGACGACCCGGAGUACCGCGAACAGAUGGUCGAGCACAACUACGAACUCGGCAAACGCUUCUUCAGCUACGCGGUGCUGCGCCGCAAACUCCGCGCGCUCGUAACGAAUGGCGGCAGCGCCCGGCGCACCACGAACCAACGCCGCUACACUAAACACCGACGGCCAACGCCGCCGGAUCGCCAUCUACGAAGGAACAACGGAUUGUCACUCGCCGACCGCGUCACGUCGCUCACCGUCCGACUCCGCCGCAUCUACGGCGACAGGGCUGACGAAGCGCUGCGGGCGAUGGAGGCGGAGUUUGCCGACCUCUCCGCCGCUCCCACGGACGAGGCGGGGCCGCGCUGGAACGAGCGUGACGUGGUGCUGAUCACUUACGCCGACCAACUCCGCAGCGACGAAGGCGCGCAGUCGCCACUCGUGGCGCUGCGGGAGUGGCUCGUCGAGAACGGCUUGGAAAAGGUGCUCAGCACGGUGCACCUGCUGCCGUUCUGUCCGUACUCUUCGGACGACGGCUUCUCGGUCAUCGACUACUUGGCGGUCGAUCCCGACUCGGGGACGUGGGAAGACAUCGCCGCGCUGGGUGAGCCGUUCGAGCUGAUGUUCGACCUGGUGCUCAACCACAUCUCGCAGCACAGCGAGUGGUACGCCGCCUACAAGCGGGGCGAAUCGCCCUACGAUCGGUUCUUCAUCGAGGCCGACCCGGCGCUCGACUACACGCAGGUGACGCGGCCACGGAGCCUGCCGCUGCUCACCGCCGUCGAGACCAGCCGCGGCCCGCGGCACGUCUGGACGACGUUCUCGGAUGAUCAGAUCGACCUCAAUUACGGCGAGCCCUUGGUGCUCGCGCGGAUGCUGCGGAUCCUCGUCGAGUACGCGAUGCGCGGCGCGCGGAUCGUGCGGCUUGAUGCGAUCACUUACCUCUGGAAGCGUCUCGGCACGACCUGCGUGCAUCUGCCGGAGACCCACGAGGUCGUGAAGCUCAUGCGCGACGUGCUUGCCGCGUACUCACCCCGGACGCUGGUGCUGACCGAGACCAACGUCCCGCACGUCGAGAACAUCUCGUACUUCGGGCAACUCGACCCGCGCACCGGCGAGGCGGACGAGGCCCACAUGGUCUACCAGUUCAGCCUGCCGCCACUCUUGUUGGAGGCGUUCCUGUCGGGUGACGCCACGGCGCUGCGGGACUGGCUGACGAACCUCGAUCCACCGCCGCCGGGCUGCAC